UUUGCAAGGAGCCCCUUGAAGGCAACACUUUUCCAGGGAACUGGGUAAAGCUGGACGAUAAAUCGGUUGAACGCGGCCGCUAAUCAAACUUUUCUCCACUUUAUUAUCCAACAUUAUGAACUUAGGUGUAAAACAAGAGUCUUAUUUUACUCUAAAACGUAACGAAUAGCUCGUGGGAGUUUGUAUUCCUCGCUCAUUCCUUCACGGUAACAAGUUGUUACAGUGUGAGCUUUAAAAAAAAAAAAUGCCCACCGAGCUGAAGCAGAGGAAAAAGUCUCAGAAACAAAGCGAUGAAGUGAUCGACUCGUCGCCUGGCAACGGCAAAGAAGAUGAAGCGCAGAAAGCGAAGCCGGAGGCUGCAGGCGGUAGAACGUCUUCGGCUGUGGACGUUCGAAGUGUCAUGUGCCUGUUGUCGCUGGCGGCGUGCGGAGCUCUGAGCUGGAUGGUGCUGCGACAGAACGAGAGGUUUUCCCAGAUUGAGGAAAAGUACAAAUCGCUCCACGGGAAAACUUCCAGUCUGUUCGACAUGGAGGAAGAAGUGCUCAGAGUUUCUGAAAAGCUCGCCGCAUCUGAGGAUGACCUACGGGAGGCGCUGUCCACUGUCUCCCUGGCAACAAGACUCCAGCAGGACAUCUCCAUCCUCCACGCCGCCGUCUCGGCGAUGCAGGCCGAGGAAAGCUCCGCCUCCCGCGACCUGCAGACGGUCAACGCCCGGUUUCUCAACGUGACGGAGACAUGGCAGGAGCGUCUGGCGGCUGUCACCUCCGACCUGACCGCCCUCAAGGCGGAGUCGAGGGAAGCCCACGCCGGGGCCACCAACGGGGUGAACGAGGCAGAGCGGAGGGCCCGGUCACUGGCAGAGAGGCUGGAGGAGCUCGAGGACAGCACCAAGAGCAACGCCCGCGCUCUGGAGCGCACGGAGGAGGACGACGCCAAGCGGGCGCAGGAUCACCUGGACUGGAACACCAAGCAGAUCCACAAGCUGGAGGAGCAGAUUGGCAGCCUUGCCAAGAGGGAGGCGGAGCUCGGCACUCAGCUCCGGGAGCACAUCCCCCGCGCGCAGGAGUGUGAGGAGCACCUGCCGAAGGUGGAGGAGGCGGUGCGCUCCAUCCUGAAGCUGGGGGGCGACCUGAGCGGGGCGGAGAGGCGGCUGGAGGAGGUGACGCUGCAGGUGUUCGGGACCGAGGACAGCAUGCUGAAGGCGGUGAACGAAAUCCUCGUGCUGCGGCAGGAGCUGGACACGCUGCAGGCGCAGAACAGCAUCCUGAAGAUGAAGAACGAGUUGUCCGUGGUCAAAGAGGCGGUCCGUGAACUCACCAUGGUGCUGAGGGAAAACAAGGUUGACGUCCAGAACGACUUGGGCAUGCCGGAGGAGGAUGAAGCGUGGAUGCACGGAGAGGAAGAGGAGGAGUGGGAGGAGUGGGAAAAAGAUGACGAGGGUGGAUUAAGUCGACCUUUUCACGAUGACCUCACUGGAUGAUGUCACUGUUUUCGUGUAUCGAGGGAAAGGGAGCGGCCCCGUUGUGUUGUUCACUGUCAGAUUUAAUGUUUUAUAAAAUGUGCACCUCAGUUUAUGUCAAACAGUUGCGACUAUCACUGUACUGUAAUACACAAAGUACAAUCAAGACUUUAUUAUUCUUCAUAUUCAUCAUUUGCACUGAUUCACAUUCUCUAGUUCCAGCUUUUGAAUUGCGGAUUUACAGUUUUUUCCUUUUGUCUUAUUUCUCAGUAAACUGUUUAAAACGUGGCAAUCUUUUCAUGACUUGGCUUAUUUAAUAAAAUACUUUUUAUCAUA